GUUCUUGGAACUUUGGUGAUUCCAUGAGCUACCCAUAUUCACUGCCAACCACGGGCUCGCUAUCGUUCAAGGAUUUCUUGGAAGAUACAGGCUCGUACUCUGCCGAAGUCACCGAUGCUACCGCUCAGCGAGGCAGAGUUCGCAUCGCUCUCAAAGAAUUCAAAAAGGAGACCCCCGGUUCCCGAGAUUACCGUCUUAUACUCAAUACUAUUGAAGACUAUCUACCCUAUCUGGUUGCGGUGACAAACUGUCUCGAGUCGGGCGAGUUAAAGUUGGCCAAAAAUAUUGAAACAUCGUGGCGAUCGACCCUCAGUGAUCAUAUCAUUCAUACCGGCAGCAAUGCACCACGAAUUGUUGGUGCUGAUAUUCAUUAUGAACUUACAUUUGUACUGAUGACUUAUGCUUAUGCUUCCUCAAUGUAUGCCAACGAUCGCUUGCGCACCGUGCAAGAGAAUUCCGACACCGCCUCCAAUCCAUACAAUAAGGUCGCUGAUGCCCUGAAUACUGCGGCGAGUAUUUUCCACUACAUCGCCAACGACGUGAUACCCAAAUGGCGACCAACCUCGGAAAGUCGACCCAUAGAAACCAUUAGAGAAUUGCCCGUGGCCUUAUCAAAAAUGGCCCUGGCGGAUGCACAAGCAGUUGCCAUUACGAAGGCACUAUCGACGGGCAAUUUAUCCAAAUCCUUGGUAGCUAAACUGUACAUCGGUAUCGCAGGGCAGUAUGAAAUGGCCCACGGCCUGAUUUCCUCCAUGACCGCCACUCAGGAGGUCUCCAGCGAUUUAAAGAAAUAUUUGUUGGAUGGAGCCCAAUUCUACAAAGCCAUGGCAAAAAAAUUCCUUGCACUUGAUGCAAAUGAUAACCAAAAAUUGGGCGAUGCUGUAGGGUUUCUGAGAGACAGUAAAGCGGAUUUACGGGCGAUCCAGCACUCCAGUAUCUCGAAGCCUCACGUUCGCAAAUCCUCUGUAGCCGCCCGUGCCGUCAAGGAAGAAGAAGCCGUGACGGAAUUGUUGCAGAAAUUCACCAUGAUCAAUGAUACGAUUGCGUAUCAGGCUGUCCCAUCUCGUCAAGAGUUGCAACGCCUGAUUCCUACCGGUCGCGGUGUGCUGGAAAUGAAGCGUUAUACCCUUCCCGCUCCGGCUUUUGGAUCCAGUCACGAAGAUGCCACGAACGCAAGCCAAUCUUACGCCCGUUCCGGUGCUUACUACUAAUUGCCCCAGACUUUCUCUUGCAAUAUGAAAUCUGCCAGCCCAGCUCGGUAGAUGAAUUAAUAAAUAACCAAGCGUUCAUAAGCAUACUACUGUAUCUUCCGUGUAGGAUCAUGCAACAAUUUUAUUCAAGUCAGUUCGAGCAGGGCUGCAAGGGUACGAACAGUGUUUUCAAUGAAUUUAAUAUACAAUUCCGGUAAUAAGCCAUUAGUUGGCAGAAGGCGAUAAGGGAGAAAGAUAAAUCACUCAGCACACGCUCGUUGAUCGUAAAAAAUGGAACUGGGAGAAAAAAGUCGGAAAUAAAUAUUUUACUGCUCAAUUAGGCUUUUUUUCCCAUCGUGUAGGUAUCAAAUAAACAAAACGUUG